ACAUCAGCUUUUCUAUUAUGUGAUCCUUAUGACAGUAAAUGGAAAUUAUGUCCAAGGUAAAGCUCGAAUUAUUCAAGCUCCACCGAAUCCACUGUACGUUGUGAGUGGUGCGACAGCCAGGUUCGUUUGGGAUUACACCGUAGACAACAGGAAGGAAGAAUUUCAGUUAAGUUCACCUACAUGGAACUAUAACCAUGUUAAUGAAACACCUGUUGUAAUUGGAUAUGAUCAUGUCUUAAUAGACUGGAGAUGGACAAUCAGUAAUGGGACGUGUCCUACCAGACUUUUAUACCCUACCACUCGAGUCAGUAGAGAGUCCAAUGCUACCCUGGUUAUCUCUAAUGCCACUACUGCUGAUAGUGGAAUAUACGGGAUGAUUUUAUUAUUGAAGACUUUACCGCCAAUAGCAAGGAAAAUUCAGCUUUUUGUUACAACGCGUCCACAAUUCACCAGACAAUUUCAAGCAAACAAUAUAUUGCGUGAGGGAGAAGAUCUGCGUAUCAAUUGUUCUGCAAUUGGAAAUCCAACUCCAAACAUCACUUGGGUGUUACUGAAAGACCAAGCCAAGGAAAUAAAAAGCCAAGGAGUAGGUUUUGCUGACCUCGUUAUCCAGAACAUUACAAGACAUCAAAAUGGGACGUAUCAGUGCCAGGCAACCAACAACCCAAAUGAGUAUCCAGUGGAAACUCAAACACAAGUCACUGUAUGGUACAAACCUAAUAUAACGUUUCUAAACUGGACUGUCGACGAAA